CUUUAUCACUCAAAUACGUCUGAUAUAAUCUUAUCGGUAAUUUUCCAGCUUGAUAAGCCACUGGCUUAGCUACACAAUCUUCGAGAAAUGCCCAAGACCCACUAUCGCGCAUCACAUUUGAGAGGCAGUGUACAUUGAAUUUUGGGUCACUGACUUGACACCGCUUAUCACAUUUCAUUAGAUUACAUGUACUCUCCGCUGCCGCUCGUUACACUUACUUAACUCGGUGCACUUUGUACAUAUUCUCAGCGGGUAGAUCAAUGUCAUAUAUUGUUUGAAAGUUGCGAACUGGGAUAUGGCAGAAAAAAUUAUCCCCGUGGAAGUGCUGAUUCGUGAGGCUAAGGAUGUGUUCAGGAAGCAGUUUAAAGAGGAACCGGACCUGGCAGUGUUCGCACCUGGACGAGUCAACUUGAUAGGAGAGCACACAGACUACAACGAUGGGUUUGUCAUGCCUAUGGCUCUGCCUUUGGUUACAGUCAUCGUGGGGAAGAGGGCAUGUGGCGAGGAUUCAACUGUGUACACCACCGGAGACUUCAAAGACAAAGAGGUGACUUUUGCGAUGCCUAACAAGAAUGCUUUGAUCCAGGCUCUGCCCAGGGAUGGUCCAAAAUGGUCACUGUACGUCAAAGGGGUUGUGGCUAAGUACCUUGGACCCACGCCACCCGCUUUUAAAGCUGUUGUUCAUUCAAGCGUACCUGUAGGAGGUGGUUUAUCCAGCAGUGCUUCACUAGAAGUUGCAAUGUACAUCUUUCUAGAUAGUUUAACUGGAGAUACCUCAGUUCCCGUAACGGAGAAAGCGUUAGCGUGUCAGAAGGCUGAACAUGAAUAUGCAGAGAUGCCUUGUGGUAUAAUGGAUCAAUUUAUCUCAUUCAUGGGAAGGCAAGAUCAUGCUUUGCUGAUUGACUGCAGACAUCUAACGUCAACACUCGUACCAGUCACAGAUGACAAUAUCGUCUUCUUGAUCAUUAACUCAAAUGUCAAACACGAGCUGACAGGCAGUGAAUAUUCCACAAGGAGGAAACAGUGCGAACAAGCAGCCUUGAUCCUGAAGAAAGCAUGCCUAAGGGACGCCAAUUUGGAGGACAUACAGUACCUACAAUCAAUCAACACGGACAAAGAAAUAAUACGACGUGCUAGACAUGUCAUCACAGAAAUCCAACGAACAGUGGAAGCAGCAGAGAUGUUGAAACAAUUGAACUAUCACAAAUUCGGCAUACUGAUGACUCAAAGCCACCUUUCACUGAAGGAGGAUUAUAAUGUGUCAUGCCCUGAGCUGGAUGAUUUGGUGAGGUUAGCUUUGGAAGUGGAUGGUGUCCUAGGAAGCAGAAUGACUGGAGGCGGUUUUGGUGGAUGUACGGUUACAUUAGUUUACACUCAUAUUGUCGAUAAAGUGAUUGAUCAUGUUAAGAAGAACUAUAAGGGGAAACCGACGUUUUACAUAUGUAAGCCAGGACAAGGUGCUUCAAAGAUAUAGUGUAUUUUUUAUAUAAAUUGUAUGUACGUUGAUCUAGGAGACAUGAAAGAAAGUGAGAUUGCUAAUAAACAUAUUUUUUUCAAA